UAAAAAUUACUAUCAAUAAUAAUUUACAUUAAUGUAUAUGAUAAACCGCCUGAAGAUUUAAGCAGGUUUAUGAAGGAGAUAAGAAACAGUUAGUGAGAUACACACUGUAUCGCUUUACAGCUGUCAUUUAACUUAUUCGUAUAUAACUCAGAAAACUUUUCUGAGGACUUUGCAUUUUGAUAUUUGUCACAGAAUCGAAUAUUAACGAAUUUACCAACUAAAUGAGAAUCUAAAUAAAAGGGUGAUAUUCAGUGAUGCAGUGUUAAAGUAUAACCAGUUAUACGCCCACAUAUAUUAUAGGUCAUUAUUCGCUUGGAAUGUACACAUUUAACCAUGAUAAACUGUUGAACAGUACCAAAUUCAUUUAAUUCGAAAUCUUAGCAAAAUAUUAUUUCUGUACCCAAGUUUCCAUUAAAAUGAGUGAUCAUCAUUGAUUAAAAGUGUGUCUAUAUACGUAUCUCAGAUAUCAUACUUGGAUAUAUUUGUGACGAAGAUUCAACAUUUUUUGUUAGGUCUUUAUGAAAUGGAGUAUUCCGGCCGCUUUAUUGGAAGAACAAACUAGGACAUCGUUGAAUAAAGAAUGCGAUAAACAUACGGUGAAAACAGGUGAUGAUUUGCAAGCUAAUUCUACAGUUGUUGAAGAUAAUAAAACAAUACAAAAGAAAGAAGAUCUUGUAAAAUGCAUGGAGACAUUGGAUGAUUCUUUGAUGAUACUGGGAGAACGUAUCGAAAAAAAGAAGUCUAACUCGAAGGAGAACCUAACUCAGAAAAAUAUGACUUCUAAAUCCAGUUAUGAUUUCGAUUCCAAAGACCCAAUAUCCACUAUUAUGUCACCAAAGGCAGAACGAUAUGUUCGUAGAUGGCUAACAGAUGCUUCACCAUUAGAGCGUACAACUGCACUGGAAUUAAUAGACAAGCUCUAUCGUGAGGCAAACGAAAAAGAUCACCUAACUGAUACUCAGUUUCAAGACGUUAUGAAACGAGUUAAGAACAUUAACUGGGAUCAAAACAAGACAUCACACCCUGUAUUUUCUCGAAGCGAUGGUUCAACGCAUUUCAAGUAUUUAGAUCUACUGUCUCAGCAAGAAAGAAGGAACCAUUGGAUGUAUUGCAGUUGGCAUCACUUACCUCCUUAUAAAAUAUCAAGUACGGCUAAAUACGACUACCCUGGAUCACAUUACUUACAUUUAUUGGAAAGACAACCAAAAGAAUAUGUUAUUCAUCCUGACUUAGGUUAAAGAUGAGAAGAUAAAUACUUAAAAUUUCACAUUUUCAAAAGAGGGUUCCAAAGUUGUAGAAUAGAUCUGUAAAAUGAUUUGUUGAUGUUGGAUAUUAAUGUAUUUACAUAGUAUCAAAUUGAAGACUCCCAUUAGAAGCGUGAAAAUGUUUUUACCAUGGAGAUAUUCUAGUCAUAUACUGUCGUGUAAUUUAAAUAUCAAAAUAUAAAACGAAUUACGUUUAUUUGCUUUUAUAAAAUAUUUAUCUUCCUUAUUACAGACGACAUGAUUUUAUACUCAUAUCACACACAAGCAUACUACGGGAUAUUGACAUGUUUAAAAUGAUGUGUUGUUCGUUAGGAAAAUUUGUCUAUAAACAUUAGAAAACUGUCUUAAUAAAAUAU